GGUCUUUACCUCACCUUGAACUGUAAAUUCCUCCAACGCAAUGGCGGAUAGCAGCCAUUCGAGCACCAAACGUCAACAACUAGAGCAAUGUUUAUCUUUACUAUCAUCAGAAACCAGGGAUGAAGACAACUUUGUAGCGAUGUUAAUACUGCCUCGAUUACUCGAUCCGGUCUCCGACAAAGAGUCCUUACACUUCACAUUCGACCGCAUGAACUGGCGUUUUGUGGAUCGAUUAUUAAAAGCCGCGGAAGAUACAGCGGAUAUACCAGCUGACGCUCUGCACACAAUUGCCGUGAACCUUCUAGCGGGCUUUUGCUCCGAUGAUGCGCUUGCUACUCGUCCUGAUGUUCAUCAUAUUCAGAGCUUCUUAUGCGUAUCACAUUGAUGGGGAAUUUGCUGGCAAAUAUUCCAACACCUUCCGAAGCAGUACUCGAAAGCAUCCUCCAAUGUUUCCAGAGAAUGGUUAUGUCGCGAAGCGGAUUAGAUCAUCUCGGUCCUGUGCUACAGACAGUAGUGUCUACUGCACUUGACUCGCGUGAUGCUAAUUCAUCUAUCACGAAACUGGCGUUUUCGGUUGUUGAGACGUAUGUGCGGCAGGCGAAUGCCUAUCGAGGUACUGAAGAUCCGACCGGUUCUGCAAUGAUUGACAGCACGCUUUUCGGGAUAUUGCCCACGCUUGCCGCCGUCUUUUCUAAUAAUCAAGGGCAGCUCAAAUUUGAUGUUGGUAGCCUGUUGAUUGAACUGUGCUCAGCAUUACCCGAAGAGCAAACGGAUAAGGCUAUACCACUAUGGGCGCUAGAAAUCCGGGAGGGGCUUAAGGAUGUGUACGGAAGCAAGAUUGGCACAAGCCAGAGAGAUAUGUCUUUAAUCUUAGCAGCGACAAUGUUUCGGCGAUUUGGUUCAAGAUGGGGUUUCACCGAUCAGCAGAUUCAAAAUGCAAGAACGUCUCGGCUUUCGGUUGAACAAUUUGUAGCGUUGCUGAUUCACGUGGCGUGCGGGGAGCUCCGUGUCCUGCUCGACGACCUGCCCGUCAACAGCGUUACGACGCCAGAAUCACAAUUUGUGGCCAUAACGCCAGUAUGUUGUGAAAUUGUCGAUUAUUCCAUGCGCGGGCUUGUGGAAGAGAACGGUCCUAUAUCCAUCUCCGUCGACGUCUUGCUUUCAAUCAGAGAGGCUUUGCAUGAAGCAUUUACCGCUAUCAGUGCUUAUCUGCUUGAAGAAAUGGCGGAGUAUCGAUCCGAAAACGAUAUAGGCGUCUUGGACAAUGUAGUCACGGCAUCGUGUCUUAGGGCGCUAUCAUCAUGGCUGGCUGAAGAUGAUACCCUCUCUCCACACGAGAUCCGGCAUAUUGUUCCAUUGCUUGUUCUAGCAGGGAGAAGACGAAUGAACUCUGUUGGCGUGCAUCCUAUGGAAUUUCUCGGUCCUGCUUUUGUAAAUAUAACCACGGACCCAGAGAUUGGAAACAUAUUUGUGGAUGAAGGCGGCUGUGCCAUGGUGGUCGAUUUUUGGUCCAUUCUCGACUCGCAGUCGCCUUUGAGGCUCACACUUGUUAGCAUCCUUCUCAACAUUGUUGCUACCAAUCGUAAAGCGGUGUCGGCAGACAGGAAGUUCAUAGACGCGACCCGGUUACUUCUGCGGGAUCUCGUGGAAUUUGACCACAGCGCGAAGCAGGAUGGGCUCACUUUGCGGGCUAGUAUGACGACUCUUUCGUUGAUGAUCCUGCGCGAGCUCAAUUCUGAUCAAGUUGAGAGUAAUCGUCUGACUGUGGAAGGAUUGCUUGAACAAGGUCUUUCGUUUAUACUCGAUGGUUGCAAGGCAUCGCUUGGCAAGGACCAGCAAGCAUGGGAGGAAGUUAAGGAACUUUGGCUUAUAGCGGUGGCUGCUUUCAAAGAUUGCAUGAUCAAGAUCUCAGCCGCGGCCUCUACCAUAUCACAGAAUCCUAAGCUGGCUUGUUUGGUGGAUAUGCGGCGAAAUCCACAACUUGGCCUUGAGAUGAGGGACGCACUGGCGAAUUUACAAAUAUCGUCACCUGGCUAAAUGUGUACAUCGUGUCCUGUCGAUCGUGCAAUGUAAAAUCAAUAGGAUCCAGUAUGGAGACUGGCCACUGCCAUGCGCUUUGAUUCUGCCUGUCCUAGGAUUACCAAAGGAGCACGAUGAUAACGGAAUGGCUUCCCCAUUUAGCCUUGCAAGUAAGCUACCCUUUCCAGAAGGUCAGAUAACAAAGGUCAACUUCUUUGCUGGCGCGACCUACGAAGUGAGGUCCGCAACUUGGAUUUAAGAAAUAAAAAUAUUAGCUCAUUUCCGCUGCUAUAACGAGG